AUGGCGAUACCGUGCAUGGUCAACACGACGAUAGCCGUCCAAAAUUCGUCAUCAUCUCACCUCGAUAAUUUUGAACCUACCGCGAGAUGUGGAAGAAUCGUUGAAGAUUCGGCAGCAGCCCAGGAAAUGGGUUAUCAGGGAACCCUCGACUGGUCCCCAUCGAUGCGAAGCCCCUUCUUUUUCUCCUCGACCUUCUACAGUAGCCUCGUCUCCGUCCUCUUUGUCGGCUAUCUGGCUGACCGUUUCGGGCCCAAAAUUAUGCUCCUAGGAGCAUCUCUUGAUUUCCUGAUCAUGAGCUAUCUAGCCCCAUCGCUGGCUAGUCACUCAUAUUGGGCAUUCUUCGGGACGAGGCUGGUAAUGGGAUUGGCUGAGGGUGCUGUCUUUCCAUGUCUCAACUCCUUGGCAGCCAAAUGGUUCCCACCUACCGAAAAAUCAACGAUGGCAGCGAUCUAUACAUCCGGAAUUCAGAUAUCCUCAGCAUUUUCUGCCCCCAUUAGUGCAUUUCUAUGUACGACCAGCGUGGGGUGGCCGUCUAUUUUCUACUUUUUCGCGACCGCGGGUCUUGUUUGGGUGAUCCUGGGACUAAUUUUUGUCACCAAUUCUCCCUCCAAGAACAAGUUCGUCUCCGAGCGGGAGAAGAAGUUCUUGGAGCUGCAUGUUGGGAAUAACGCAAAAUUGGCGAAGAACGCUAAAAUGCCGUGGAAGAAGUUAUUAUUCUCGAAGGAAGUCCUAGCCACGCCAGAAGGUCUACGCCCCUACGCGGUGCUACUCUUCAACUUGGCCUUCACGGAUGGUGUGGCCUGUUUCGUAGGGUAUUUUGUGAUGCAAAG